UAAACAUGACCCGAGGAAAUUUGUAAUAGUAUUAUUGUUUAGGUAGUUUGGUUUUCGAUGUUCGUCACUGAUCGUGGACGAGCUCACUAAAUUCUCGACAGACGUACAAAGCGCGCGUCGACGCACUCGACACGUAGAGACGGGGGUAGUGGCCGGUGGGUUUGAACCUCACGUCGACGCGAUAUUAUCAGCUUUGUUGUAAUUUCCAAACCUUUGACCCCUCCCCCCCCCUCAACCACACCGGCAGUUCACCGCUGCAAAACACCGACAAAGCCAUGACUGAUAGCGUGACUGAUGGCCGGGCUGGAUCGGUCGUGAAAACUGAACAGAUACGUAGUCACUCCAUCGGCCCACACUGUAGCGACCUACGAAUGAUAAAGCGACACACAACUGAUAAUGGACCAUUCUUAUAUUAUGUUAUGAAGGUAUACACAUAAUAUUGCGUUUACGGAUCGAUAUUAUACGACGACGACGCUCAAACAUGUGUUUUCCGAAACAAAUUUCGAUUUCUAUAACCUAAUAAUCCGGCCCCAGACCCCAGAGUCCGGGCCCACAACAGUGCUUGAUACUUGUUUUUUACUGCUCGUAAAUGAUAUCUUACUUAAAUUUGCUUUCACGGAGUGUGUACGUACGCGUUUUAUCAUUUACUGUUUUCAAUAGCUCGUAGAUACAGAAAUUGUGAGUCACAAUCGUUCCAGCCAGCCUUAUCAAGAGAGUUGAUUCAUUGACUUCAUUGCAUUAUUCAUGGUGUAAUACUAGAUUUUUAAAUCUGUUUUAACAAUAAAGGAGUUAAAAUAUUUAAAAAAAAAGCCAAACAUCAAGAAAUACAAUUUUUAGUUAUAAAAAUAAAAUUCUUAAAACACCAAAAAAAAUAUAUUGAUUGCAAUGGAUCGAGUACGAAAAAAAAGGAAAACCUGCGAUUUAAUUAAACUGAAACAUGAAUAUUGGGCAAACGUUUUUACUGGAGUAGUUGAUAUUUUACGUCAUACCGAAAAACUCAAUAAUGAUAUUAUUACAAUUAAGUAUGUUGCUGAUAAACACAAAUCACGUCUACUUAUUGCUAGAUAUUCUAAAUCUCUUGAUACUCAUGGUAAAUUUCCUACACCUAUUCUAUCAUCUGGACUUUAUGAGAGAUUAAUUUCUUUAAUUGCAAACAAUGUUAUAACUCAAACUAAAAAAGAACUAGAAAGUGCCAUAUAUUUUUCAAUGUCUAUUGAUCCAGUUCCAGACACUGAUGAAUCGGCGAUUUACAUUCGAUAUGUUGAUGAUAAAGGUAUACCAAAGAAGCGUUUUCUGGAUAUUAUAAAUAAACCAGGAGACGAUGCUUUACAGUUAAUGAAUAUACUCCAUGUGACAUUAGAUAAAUAUAAUUUAAGCCACAGUGGUUUUAUGGGAUUAUCAUAUAAUAUUGAUAGUAACAUACUUAAACACAGAGCUAGCUUAAAAUCUUGCCUAAAAAAAAUAAACAAAUUUGCUGAAAUUAUGCCAUGUUCUUCAGAUCCUCUAAGUUUAGUUGUGAUUAAAGCAGCAUCUUCUUGCUAUGAAGGUGGUGCAUUUUUUACAACAAUUGAUGAACUAUUUAAAUUUUUUUUGUUUUUUCAAUAUCAGUGGGAUGAUGUCAAAUUUUUGUUAAAAGAUCUGUCUUAUAAUAAAUUUUCAUCAAAAAAUAAAGCAUGUAAAUGUCUUAAUAAAAAUUGGUCAACAAUAGUAUAUGCAUUGUUUCAUAUAUCUAAAAACAUUAGUUUUUCACACAAAAUUCGUGCAAACGCAUACAUGCUUUUGCAAAAAGUAAAACGGUUGGAAACAUGUUUCAUAACAAUGUUUUGGGAAGAUAUUAUUGGAAAAAUUACAGAACUAGAAGAGAAUUUACUCAAAUAUGUAUCUACAGACAUAAAUUUCUUUAAGAUUUUCGAUAUUUAUGAAUCAUUAAUAAACUAUUUAAAUGGUUUUCGGACCAAUGAAAAGUUUAUGGAUUAUAAGACUUGUGCAUUUAAAAAAUCUAAUAUUCUACAUUUCAAUAAUAACUUUCAUACCGAGAAACCACAAAUGAGAUUUCCUGUUGAUUAUGCAGAUGAAGCCGAUCAAUUUAAAAUUAAAACUUACUUUUACAUGAUAGACGAGAUACAAGCUGAAUUACAAUACAGAAAAGAUAUUUAUUGGGAUUUAACAUCAAAAUUUGACUUUUUAAAUAAUUUUUCAACAAUAACAAAUGCUGAUUUAUACCAAGGACUGGAAAAUCUUCUAAGUAUAUACUUAGAGUAUAUAGAUUACCAUAUUUCUACCGAAUGUGAUCAAUUAAAAAACAAUACGCAAAAUAUAUUAAGUGGAACCCUAUCUUCUAUUAGAGAAAUCAGUACUUUUAUACCAUCAAAUAUAAUUUUUUUUGAACAGCUUGCAAAAGUAAUAAAAAUGGCAUUGUGCCUUUCAGCUAUCAAUUGUAAGGUUGAACAUUCCACAUUGUCAGUAUUGAAAAAUGUUAUAACUUCUUUGAAACCAAUAACAAGUGAAGACAACUAUAACUCAUUAUUAAUCAUAAAUAUGAAUCAGAAACUUCUCAAAAGCUUAGACUUUAAAAAUGUUAUUAAAGACUUUGCUGUCAGCCAAUCAACUGAAUCAUUAUAAUUAUUAAGAUUAAUUCAUAUAUCUUUUAUUAUUAAAAUUAAUUCAUAAAUCUUUUAUUAUUAAGAUUAAUUCAAAAAUAUUUAUUAUUAAGAUUAUUUUAUAAAAUCAGUGGUGUAGUCAUAAAUAAUGUUGCAUAAUAUACUCUCAUAUAUUACGACCCUAGGUUUGCUAACUUUCAUACUGCAAAAUAUAGGAUAAUUUUUUUCAUAUCCAAUAUCAUACUUCCCAUAUUUAAAUACAGAAAUUUAACUAACAUCAUAUAUUGACUUUUAACAAAUAAGCUUUUACAUUAACUUUAAAGUGUUUUUAGACUUAGAACAAAUUAAACAAAUAUAGAACGGUUGGCAAUCCUAGAUGGCCUUGCAUAUAUUAUCCUCUACUGCACUACUCUUUAAAAUUAUUAAUUAUAAAUUGGAUUGUAUUUUGCUGAAUAAAUAUUUAAUGUAUAUUAAUUGUAUCCUAAAUAUAUUUGUGGUGCCUACUUAUUUGGAAACAUAAAUAUUUUAAAGUUGUUGAUAUUUCCCCUUGCAUAAUCAAUGUAAAUACCUUUUAAAAAUGUAUUCUUUUUCACUUUUUAUUGAGAAGAAAAUUUCAUCUUUUUUUAUAUUAUGUUUGUAAAGUGUUGAAAGUAUCUACAGAUAAACAUACAAGAUUCAAUACACAUAUUAUUUAAUGGUAUGUUUGUGUUUUAUUUAAGCAACAUGAAAUAUUUAAAUAUUGUUAAUUCCUUCCCUAAAAAUAACCAUUAUGGUGAUAACCUCAAAUCUUUACGGUAACUGUACUUUUGAACUUUUCACUUUGAAGCUUCUCUUGAAUGGUUAUGCAUUUUACAAACUAAAUUUGGCUGUGACUUUUCAUAGGUUUGCCAUUAUUUUUAAAUAUUAAAAUUUAGUGACAAAUGAAGUUAAGUUCCUCACAUUAAGUCAUAUAAAUAUAUAUUACUUUGACUCAGUGGCGUAUCCAGCGAUCAGGCCUGGUAAGCCUGGACCUACCGGAUUUAGAAUCCUUAAAGUUAAAGACCGGAUUUAAUUGUAU